AUGCCUGUCAUUCCAAUUCUCAUUCAACUACUAAAUACGCUCCUAUAUAGGGAUAACGACUUCGACAGCUGCACUAUCGUUUGGUUCAUACAGGCAUGGGGCCCUGUCGUAGUAAAUGCCAUGCUGGGAGUCAUCAUGAUUGCUCGGAUAAAUGCCAUGUAUCAAGGAUCCAAAAAGUUACGCAUCUUCCUUGUCGUAAUGUUACUGGGUUCUACCAUUGCCUCCGGAGUCAUGACAAUAAUUGGAAACUUAGGUGUUUCAGCGCCCAGGAGUACAAGAGACUCACAGUCAUUACCAGAUGAGGUCGUCCUUUCCGGCUACCAUAUGUGCUUUAGUGACAUCGGCACGUACAUGGGAAAUCUGACUUACGAGAAUGUGAUAUCCGUCGCUGUAUGGGAGAUCUUCGCAUUGUUUCUUACGGUCCGGAUUGUUAUAAUGCACUUCCGUGAGCUGCGACAAUCGCCGAGACGACCGAUCAUUGGGGACUAUUUCACGAUAUUAAUAGAGAGUCAUGCAUUUUACUUUCUAGCCUUUGCUAUUAUGGCUUGCUUACAGCUUGGCACAACGUCUCCAAAUAUCGCGCUCUCAUCGUCGGUGGGGAGUGCUGUUUUCACUGGCAUUUUGUCAAUUUCCCAGAUGUUGCAGAUGUUUGUGCUAGGACCACGUCUGAUCCUCAGUAUUCGAGAAUAUCACGCCAAGCUCGUUGCCAGGGCCGACGGUGGAAUAGGCAUGACUUCCCUUGCUUUCCAUGCUGGUGGAGAUGCAUUGACCAGCGAAGAUGUAUAGCACGUAAAACGAUCCAAAUGAUCGACCAUGGUGCUAUACAGGGAGCAUACAUAUUUAUUUGUUUUGUUGUGAUAUUUUGCCUCGUAUGUGUUUGGCGUUCCGAAGUGAUUUGGAGGAUGUAAUUUUUUAUACUUUCUCCUACCUGUGACACGGAGUCCCCUCUGGAGUGGCUACUCGGUGCUUGAAGCUCUACCAAUCCACUCAAUUACGAGGCCCCCGCGCAGAAUCAGAUGCCAAGCUAUAAUAACGGCCAAUUCGCACUGCA